AUGGCGGACGAGGAAUGCGGUUGGAAGGAGGAGGAUCUCCCUUCGGUCUCGUGCCGCGUCAGGCGGGUGACAUCAGCGGACGACCCCGCCGUCUGCAUGUAUCGAAUGAAAGGCGUGCGAGACAACUACAUUUUUUCUCAACUGAAGGCGCGCAUGCUGGCGCGAAACGCGUGGUACGUGCCUGCGUGCUCUUCCACCGUCGUCCGGCGCGCCCUCUGCAGCCCUUUCUAUCCUGUCCAGUCUCUGCUUUUGACGCCAGUGCUCUUUUGCGAAAUGGCGGAAAAGAUCGAAGCGGCUCUCCACCGGCGCUCAAAGCUGUUGAAAGCGUACGAGGCGCUCGGAUGCGGGAAGGGUGCCCAGAAGGAUCUAGCCGACCCGCUAGACACCCAGGCAUCUGCCUGCAAGAAGGCAGAUGCCACGGAGCAGGCUCGCGGCGCUGAGCCCGCUGCGCUACAGGCCGAAGCCGUUCGCGCUGAAGACGACGAAGUUGAAGUGCUUCUCGUCACGGAGAAGCUGUUUAGCGAGAUUUUGGGGAUGCCUGUUAACCACCGCCAGUGCUGUGCAGCACUGGUGGAUGUGCGGAUGCCGACGUUUGAUGGAUUCCUCUCUCAUCAAGCGUCUUCACGCAACGGCGAGACCUCGUUGGAAAAGGCGAACCACGCGGAUGCAGCAGUACAUUCACUGGGCCCCGCGCGGGCGAUUCAGAAGCCUCGCUGCGAUGACAGCUCGUCUUUGCUGUGUGCGCCUGACUCGCUCUUUCCGCUAGUGGUUUUCGAUGACGUCCAGAGCUCAGACAAUAUCGGCACUCUGAUGCGCACGUCCUUUUCGCUCGGAAUGAAAUCUGUCCUCCUGUCUCCCGUGUCCUACGCGGCGGUGAACGCGCGAUCUGCCAGAGUCUCGAUGGGAUCCAUGUUCCACCUGCGGCUGCUGAAAUGCGAUCGCACGGCGCCAGACGCCGGCGUCUGUCCAGCGGGCUCAGGCUUCGCGUGGAGUCGCCACUCGGCGUUAGACGCUUCCAAGUCGAACCCCGUUCCGCUCUCGCCCAUGCUCGUGGCGCUGCGGAAACUCAGGCGCAUCUCGCCUGCCUGCGUUCUGAUCGGCACAAGCCCCGUAGGCGAUCCGAGGAUUCUUCACCGCCCCUCGGAGUGGAUUCGCAGCCGAUCCAGAGCAACGCAUCCGAGUGGGAAAUCGUGGCAAAGCGGUGAGCCGCAACAGACACAGGUGAGCAGCGAGGACAGGGCGGUCUCGGAUCAGAGAGCUGAAGCACCGCAUGCGGCUCAACGAGCCGAGAGCCUCGCAAACGGAGGACUGUCGCCAAACGGGCACGACACAGCCACGGGAGGUGCGACUGGUGCCGCGCGGAGAAAGACGGAUGAGGCUGAAGAAACGUGCUGGGCAGUUGUCAUGGGAAAUGAAAAGAACGGGUGUUCGCGGGAAGUCCUCGAAGAGUGUGACGGCGUGGCAGCCAUCGCGCAGGUAAAGGGCGACUCGCUGAGUGUGUCGACUGCGGCUGCAGUCGUCCUCUAUGCCCUGCAGCAGGAAACGCUAAUUAAACUUCGGGAACAAGUCCCGUUUGUUCCGGAUGAAGACUUGACGCCUGAGGAGGACUAG